AUGGGUUCACCAUCAGAUGAUGGCAAGACUGUGCCAGUCCGAGAUCCAGUCGAGACAAAUAGCGUUUCUGUUAGCAGCGAUGAAGACGUCAUUCCCAAGGGCGCCCUCGACCCUGUGUACGAGGCAAAGGCCAAAGUGUUGAACCACGCUAUUCAAGAAAUCGGUAUGGGAUGGUACCAAUGGCAGCUCUUCAUUGUCGUCGGCUUUGGCUGGGCCAGCGACAAUCUAUGGCCCAUUGUAACCUCUCUCAUCUUCACGCCCAUUGCCAACGAAUUCUCCCCCAGCCGCCCACCGCUCUUGACUCUCGCACAAAACAUUGGCCUGUUGGGUGGUGCCGUCUUUUGGGGCUUCGGAUGUGAUAUCUUUGGCCGCAAAAUCGCCUUCAACCUUACCCUUGGCUUGACGGCUCUCUGGGGCAUGAUCGCUGCCGGCGCACCCAACUUUGCGGCGAUUGGCAUCUUUGACUGCUUUUGGUCUUUUGGUGUUGGCGGAAAUCUGCCCGUCGACUCGGCCAUUUUCCUCGAAUUCCUCCCUCCGACUCACCAAUACUUGCUAACCAUCCUCUCCAUCGAUUGGGCUAUCGCUCAGGUGAUUGCGACCUUGAUCGCAUGGCCUCUUCUGGGUAACCUCACCUGUUCUCAGGAAGAGAAGCCUUGUCUCAAGCACAACAACAUGGGUUGGCGAUACUUUCUGAUUACCAUGGGCGGAUUGACGCUUCUCAUGUUCUUGGCUCGAUUCCUGCUCUUCUCCUUGUACGAGUCGCCCAAGUAUCUUAUGGGCAAGGGUCGCGAUGAAGACGCUGUUCGGGUGAUUCAUGAAGUUGCCAGGCGCAAUGGCAAGACCAGCUCCCUGACAAUUGAAGAUCUCAAGGCCUGUGAGCCCGAAGGUUAUGUUGCUCAGGUCGACGUCUCGGCUGUUGUUAAGCGGCAUUUGAUUGAACAGAUUGACACCAAACAUGUCAAGGCCUUGUUCUCGACCUUCAAACUUGGCCUGUCCACGACUCUAAUUGCAGCCAUUUGGGCCCUGAUUGGACUGGGAUUCCCUCUUUACAACGCGUUUCUGCCUUUUAUCCAGAGUGAAAAGGGCGUCGACUUUGGCGACGGAAGCACAUAUCUCACCUACCGCAACAGCUUGAUCAUUGCUGUUCUAGGCGUUCCAGGAGCUUUGGUUGGCGGCUUGCUCGUUGAAUUGCCUCGAAUCGGCCGCAAGGGCACGCUCUCUCUCUCUACUGUUCUGACUGGUGUUUUCUUGUACUGCUCGACAACCGCCAAGAGCAGCGCGUCACUUCUUGGUUGGAACUGCGCCUACAACUUCUGCAGCAACGUCAUGUAUGCUGUACUUUACGGCUACACUCCUGAGAUCUUCCCGACUCCUCAGCGCGGUACAGGCAACGCCAUUGCUGCUACUGCCAACCGAAUUUUUGGUAUCAUGGCUCCAAUUAUUGCCAUGUUUGCCAACCUUCAAACAUCCGCCCCAGUUUAUACGAGUGGCGCCCUAUUCAUCGCUGCCGGCAUUCUCACUCUUUUCUUGCCAUUUGAGUCUAGAGGAAAAGCUGCUCUGUAA